AGCUACCGCACCUAACCACAACAUUCAACCCAACCCAACCAAAGUCUCACCCUGGAGUCGCGAACGAGACUGACAGCCAGCCAGCGCUGCAGCCGCAACAAGCAAAUCAAGGGAAGAGUGUGGUUGCCGUGACCUUCGCCUUUCCGAAUUCACCAUCUGUAUCGCGACUUCAACGCUGCCGCGCGACCAAAGCAGCCCUUGCUGCCGCCGCCAUCUCAAUCCCUCCGUCACGAGGUGCUCGGUCUAGUUGCAACACAAACUGAAGUGUUUGGGAGAGUGGAAAGUCAUGUCGUGUUAGACAUAGUACCCAGGUUGCUGUUGUCGUUGUUGGAGAAGCUGACCCUUGGACCCUUCCCUGUCGGUGACGACCUGCUUGCCGGGUGCAUCAUACUACAUCUUCAACUCUUCUUUUUUUGUUUGUUCUCCGACGUCACAGACCAUCUUGCAUCUUGAAAGCGGCACCUUCAACAUUCCAUCACUCCGCCAUUAAAGUCUCAAUUCUACCCUUUGCGACGCUUUCAGCAAACUCGGAUUUUUUUUUUGUCGAUACUCUUUUAAUACAGCAGCUGCAUCGUCCAUUGUUCGCGCGCGCCCUUCAUUGAGCGCAGCCCAUCUCCCCCUUGCACCCGGCUUUUGCUUUGACCGUGCAGGCGCAGACUGAUUCCGACAACGAAGAUCGCUCCGUCCAUUUACGAGUUUCACGAUUACGAAGAACGACUUAGGCCUCGCCCCUCGAUAACCCUUUCGCUCGAAGUGAGCCUUGCGAAUUUGCUACUCCUGCCCACCCUCCGACAUUCGGUUUUCUGAACGAGGCGCUUCACCCUCAGGUCACCAUCUUUUAUUCGGUAAUCCCAUGGAUCCGUUUUGCCGGUAGCAUAACUCAUACACCACUUCGACCGCGGGUUUGGUGGUUUGGCCAUGGCGGGGAAGAUGACGCCAAAUAAUGUUACCGUCUCCCUUUUGCUAAGGCAGGCCAUCUACUACCAUCUCGACAAUUGUGCCUACGAGAGCGCACUUUUCUUUGCCGAGCGACUCUAUGCCCACGACCAAUCCUUUUGCGAUUCCGCCUAUCUCCUCGCCUACACCCAUCUGCGACUCGGCGACGCUCGAACCGCCUACCAUGUCAGUCGGGGCUCGGGAUAUAGAGGUUCGCAUUUAGGGUCCUGCUACGUCUUCGCUCAGGCGUGCUUGGAGUUGGAGCGAUACAGAGACGGAAUCACGGGCUUGGAGAAUGGGAGGAAACAAUGGUCCAAGGCGGACAACUUGGGGAAACAUACCUCUUUUACCAGGAUGCCAUAUCCCGAUGCGGCUGCCUUUAGCUGUCUCCUGGGCAGACUUUACCGAGCAUAUGACGAUAAGAAAAAGGCCAUACCAUGUUUUGAAGAGGCCCUACGACGAAAUCCGUUCAUGUGGGAGGCUUUCACAAACCUAUACGACAUGGGAGUGAGCGUCAGAGUGCCGAAUGUUUUCAGAGCGAGCGAUGGUCUUGCGCAAACCCUCGAGCAUGGCCUCAACGCUACGCCGAUUCUUGCUUGGAUUGCAGGUCCUUCUCCGCAACCACCAGAGCCCUUGCAGCUAAAGAAGACCGGCCAGCAACAAAACAGACAGCCAAGCGAUCCAUUCGGGCCAUAUGGGACAUCCCAGGAAUCGGCGUCAUAUCCAGACUCGGAAAAUGGCUUUAUAUCCAAGAUGUAUCUUUCUCAGUCAGGCAUUACAUCAAGUCAGCCAGGGAAACCGCUUGAGGAAACCGAUACGCAAUCUGCGCCUGCUCCAACCGCCCAUAAUCCUCAGGUCACUCGUGCUGUACACCAGGCAGAGCCGCCGCAAGCGCCACCUCGGAGAACUCGGGCGGCCCAGGCAACAGACUCUACUGUAACUGAUGCACCACCCAGAACGGGACACCGUCUGGGAACAAGAAGAAAAGAUAAAGCUCAAGAAUCAGCGAAAGACCAUGCGGAAUCAGGUACCAAAACAUCAACGGUUUCCAGCUCAAUUACUGAAAGAAAACGCACGGCAGCAGGGCAUCCAGUCCAAACAAGAUCGAUGAACAAUGAGGAACCUAGGCGAAGUGCAAGACUUAAUGUAGUUCCAAGACCAACGGCAACGAAAACAACGAGCGCGGGAGCAACCCGUGAGCUGAGGAAGGCUAGGCCCCCAAUAUCUCGAUUUGCUCGGCCGGGCUCUAGUGGAGCAAACGUUGGUCGAGUUAUCAGUGGCAGCCGGAAGCCGCCACAGGAGGAUAUUGGUAUGGACAUUGACCACGCCGAGGCAGUACCACGCACCAAGGAGCCGCCGGUGCUGCAGGCGGCACCACCUCCACCCCCCGCCCCUAAACCAGCGGAGUCUGAGUUUGUCAAGGCGGUUGAAGAAGCUUUGAAAACAAUAUUUGAUUUGUUGAAGAAGUUGGCAUCCGGUUAUGCGCUUUCAUCCCAGUUCCAAUGCCAGGAGGCAGUGGCGGCGUACAUGUCACUUCCGAGGAGUCACCAGGACACACCCUGGGUUUUGGCACAGAUGGGAAGGACUCAAUAUGAACAGGCCAACUAUGCCGAGGCAGAGAAAUACUUCAAGCGACUUCGCGUUAUUGCUCCGACUCGCCUUGAGGACAUGGAGGUCUACUCGACUGUUCUGUGGCAUUUGAAGAAAGAGACGGAGCUCUCAUUCCUUGCCCAUGAGAUGAUCGACUCAGUAUGGGAUUCACCAGAAGCAUGGUGUGCCCUUGGAAACGCAUGGUCGUUGGCAUAUGAUCAUGAGCAAGCCCUGAGGUGUUUCAAGCGAGCGACGCAACUGGAUCCCAAGUUUGCGUACGCCUACACCCUACAAGGACACGAGCAUGUAGAAAACGAGGAAUACGACAAAGCCCUCACGGCCUACCGACACGCCAUAGCGGCAGACAAGCGCCACUACAAUGCAUACUACGGCAUCGGAAGGGUCUACGAGAAGCUGGGUAACUAUGACAAGGCACUGAGCCAUUAUCACGCUGCCUCGGUGAUCCAUCCGGCCCAUGCGGUUUUAAUCUGCUGCAUAGGCUCGGUCUUGCACAGGCAGAAACAGUUCAAACAGGCCCUACCGUACUUCACCAAAGCGACCGAACUGGCUCCACGUGCCCCUGAUGUCCGGCUAAAGAAGGCUCGUGCCCUUUUGCAGAUGGGACAGUUAAAGGCGGCGCAGACAGAACUCAUGAUUCUGAAGGACUUGGCUCCAGACAGGGCUCAGGUGCACUUCCUUUUGGGCAAGCUCUCCAAGACACUGCACGAUAAGAAAUCGGCGGUGCGCCACUUUACCAUUGCUUUGAGCUUAGAUCCAAAGGCGAGCCUUCAAAUCAAGGAAGCCAUUGAGAGCUUGGAGGACGACGAAGGACCGGACGAUUCCAUGAUGCAGUGAUACCCCUGAAGUUAAAUAUGUUGCUUUUGGUCUUGGUGGUAUGGGUAUGGUGGGACAUUCUUGUUUUAUGGCUACGGGUUCAGGUUGCAUGAUGAUGCGUUUUUCCAGUUACAUACCCCUCAACAAAUUGCUUUUGAAGAGAAUGGCUUACCAGAUGGAUAUGAUGUUAUUGGUGACGAAUGGGUGACAAAAGCGUCACCAAUCUGAUGCGCGGGAGCUUCUUGCUGGGCGACGGAAUGAGACAGAAAGAGCAGGCCGUUCGCUUCCAGAUCCAGCUACUGCUUCACAUUCGCACUCAAUGUCUGCAUGGAAAAGGCGUUUUUAUGCUUGGGAACGGAGAACAUGGGCAGGUGUGAGGAAGCCGGCGUAUUGGUAUAUCCUCACUACUGGGUUCGGACCUCUCACCUACAUGGAUUUUUUUCGAGAACGGCACACUGGACGAUUAGAGGAGUAAUCGUGACCUUGAAAUUGCAUUGGCCAGAAUGUAUAGUCCUCAUUGGCAUUAGAGUCCUUAAGGAGGCCUGGUUAUGUCUGCAUUAUGAAGGACGGGAGACCAGAAUGAGUUGGCGGUUUGAGUCGAAGAG